GUAGCAUUUUUUAGAGAUCAGAUGUAUAUGUACUUCCGUACUACUUAUAACGGUUUGUCAUUAGGUGAAAAUGGCGUGCGGGUGCGUUGUUUAAUUACUGGUCCCUCAAAAGUAAUUGCCACCUGUUCAUCCCACUUGGGGGCCUAUAAAGGUCUCCUACUCGUCGGCUAGUCGACGUAUUUUGUUCCCGCCACCAUGAAGCAUUGGAAACGACGCUCCUCCGCCGUUUUGGCCAUCGUUCUGCAAGUUUUGGUAUUUCUAUUGCCCGAUCCUGGAACAGCCAUGACGAUGGACCAGUUUUUGUCCUCGCUAGACAUGAUCAGGAAUGGAUGUGCGCCAAAGUUUAAACUUAAUAUAGAAGAUCUCGAUCGGCUUCGCGUGGGUGAUUUUAGCUUUCAGCCAUCGCAGGAUCUGAUGUGCUACACAAAGUGUGUGUCCUUAAUGGCGGGCACUGUUAAUAAAAAGGGAGAGUUCAACGCUGCAAAGGCCCUUGCGCAGCUUCCGCAUUUGGUUCCAACUGAGAUGUUGGAGCCGUCCAGGAAAUUCAUUGAAGCGUGCAGGGAUACCCAUAAAGCAUUCAAGGAAUCGUGCGAAAAGGUCUUCCAAACGGCCAAGUGCUUCGCUGACAAUGCCGAUGGGAACUUCAUGUGGCCUUAGAAAAAUUAAGAAU